GAUUUCGGUCUGCUUUUUGCCGCCAAAAAUAUUUUUUGAACUCGUAGCGCCCGGCCUUUACAGGCAACUGGUGUGCUUGAGUGGUUGUUUCCUUUGGCCAUUCAAAAUGUUACGAGAGAUAAAACCUCGAAAUGCUCGGACUGCACGAAUCGUCAAGGCACGAGAACCGCAACAGGUCGAAUCGCGCAAACGAGUUCUCCUGCUACACGGCGGUAAGUGCCCGCAGCCAGUCAGUUCGGUGCUCAAGACCGUACACACUUUGACGAAACCCGACUCGGUGCUCCUGAACAAGAAAAAUAACGAUGUUCAUCCAUUCGAAGACACUUCUUCCCUCGAAUUCCUUGCGCAGAAAAAUGACUGCGGUGUGGUUGUCUUUGGAGCACAUUCGAAGAAGAGACCGAAUAAUAUUAUCGUGUUACGUAUAUUCGACGGCAAGGUCCUCGAUAUGGCGGAACUCCUGCUUGUCUUGCCGCCCGAUCAGCCGGAGAAGGAACAAAAGUUACAAAUCGGCGUGGAGAUGAAGCCCUUGAUGCUGUUUGCCGGCUCUCAAUGGGAUGACACUUCGUCCUCUGAACAGGCUGCGCUCUACGGAACCCUCAAGUCGCUCAUGUUGGAUCUCUUCCAAGGCGAGGAGGUAUCGUCGAUUGAUGUGGCUGGCCUACAGUAUAUUCUCAUGGUCGCUGCGGGGGAGAGCUCGAGUGCUUCCACAGACCUGAAUGAUCCUGCCAAUAAGCCCGUGUUGCACCUUCGAUGGUACCGAAUCCGAACCAUGAGAUCCAACAAUGCCAAAAUACCGCGCGUGGAGCUCGAUCCGAUCGGACCCAGCUUCGAUCUCCGAGUUGGACGCUACCGAGAAGCAGAUCAUGGAGUGAUGAGAGAAGCGCUCAAACAUGGACGUCGGCCUAACGACGCACGCACCAAGAAGAACAUUGUGACGGAUCUGGUUGGUGACAAGAUCGGUCGUGUCCAUCUCGGCAAGCAGGACCUCAGCACGCUGCAGACACGAAAAAUGAAAGGUCUCAAAAGAGGUCGUGAUAAUCUCGAAGAGGAUGAAGUCAUGAACGGAGGUGAAUCUGACGGGGAUAUUGUCAGUCAAGACGAGGAUAUGAUUGAUGGCGGCAUGGACAUCGACGAUGAGCCCUCUGAAGGGGGUAGCAGUGCAGGUGGUAGUGGCGAUGAGAUCAGUAUUGGCGAUGACGACGACGAGGAAAUGGCGGAUGAAGAGCAGAACGAAAAGCCUAAACGACAGCGAAUAUCCUGAAAGUGAACCCAUGGAGCUGCUACACCUAAGAUGGAGAAGGACCGAAUCCGUCUAAGCAGAGUUCCUUGCAGAUAACAGUCAGAUAAAUGGUCUGACUCGAUGCCUGAUAUCACAGGCCUCCUUCUGCCGUUGCUCUACAGGCUCAGGCUGGACGAAUCGUCGUGUCCAGAACUCCAAAGACUGCCAUGGGCUUCAUCCUCUUGGUCAUUGCUGUCACCAGUCUGUCUACAACCCACGUAGCACGAACGUGCUUUGCGUGCGGAGAGGAAAGCAUCUAUGCCUCGAGUCGUUUGGUGACCUCAAGGCACUCUCCACGUCAAACAAGGCUGAAGGAGAAGGUUGUGGGGAUGUGGUAUUGAUGAGUGUGAGGGUAUCAGGCACGGCUCAUCAUAGCUUAGAGAGGUACAGGAGGUGCAGGAUGUAUAUUAAGUCCCUCUUCGACUAUGGAUCAAUAUGGAAUUACGGAGGUGGAUGUAACUCCGUACCUAGGCAGUGAUGGGCGAGAUAUUACCGUAUGGACCACAAUUGGAAUCUAGCAGAGCCGAGGCAAUGAGGCUG